AUGGCGGGGAAGUUCACUUUCCCAACAAAAGAUCAGAUUUUCAUUGUGGCAGACCAGGUGAAUGUAACCUGGACUGUUAAUGCCCCGCGAAUUUCCCUUUACGAAACCUGUGGUAAUAUUGACUACCCGUUGGAAGGUCAAACAUCCAAUAAAUACAGCUACAUAUGGACAGCGACUCGGGACAAUUACGUGGAGAGAGGCUGCAGCUUCAUGAUUCAGCCGUUUACUGCCGACGGGGAGGCGUAUGGCAACAACAUUUCAAGUACAGACUUCGGGGUUUCGAAGAGAUACACAGAUGAUCCAUCGCCAACCUCGUACAACUUCCAAGCUGGAUCUUCCUUCACGACUGCAAGUGGCGGAGCAACAACCUCGACUUCAACUUCCAUGUCCCUCACUUCUACCUCCCUCACCUCUACGACCAGUUCGGAGACAACAUCGACUCCAUCGCCGACGACUACAUCGACUCCUCAGCAUAGCAAGGGUCUAUCAACACCGGCCAAAAUCGGUAUUGGGCUUGGCGUUCCACUGGGUGUUUUGAUACUAGCUGUCGCCAUAGGAAUGUUCUUCUGGUUCCGGCGAAAGUCCCGUCAGAGGGAACCUAAAGUGACACCUGCAUCGAAUCAUCACAGGGACGAGCUAUCCCCGCUUCCUACAAUUGAGCCCAAGUUAAAGCAAUAUCAGCGUGUCUCGAAGACGGAAACGGUGGAUUCUCAUUCGCAAUGUUCGAGGGAAUAUCCGGGGUCGACGGGGACGGGAAGGCCUUUGAGUGAAUUAAUGUCUACUGAAAGAGCGGAAAUGGAGUAA